AUGUCCCCACCCCAAGAGGUCUCCCCACCCCAAGAGAUCUCCUCACCCCAAGAGAUGUCCCUACCCCAAGGGAUGUCCCCACGCCAAGAGAUGUCCCCACGCCAAGAGAUGUCCCCACCUCAACGCGUGUGGUCCCACUACGAGGAGACCCCGGUGGAGGAGGUGGUGACGGUGCUGGAGGAGAAGGAGCGCACGGCCAACUACAAACCCGUCUUCGUGACGGAGAUCACGGAUGAUCUCCACUUCUACGUGCAGGACGUGGAGACGG